UGACAACAUAAUUCAAUCGAAACAUUUCGAACAUUAUAAUUGCAUUUCGUUCAAUAUUGUUGUUUGCCCCCCAAAAUAAAAUACGUUCAUUUUUUCUCCAAUUUGAAUAUUAUUGCUGAUUUCUGAUAAGUAGAGAAUUUUCCAUUUUCAAUUUCGAACAACAAUUUCAUAUGAUUGUGUUGUGAAUUGAUUUUGUAUUUACUAAAUUUAACUCGAAAGUCAACAAAAGAAAGCAACAAUGGAUUUGAUGACCGUUUGCCGAUAUGUAUUUGGUGCGGCUGCCGGUAUAGUUGGUUGUUUGACAUUAUUGUCACUAAUUCAAUAUGAUUAUGGCAGAAAUGAUCUUAUCUGGGCAAUAUGUGCUGUAUUAGGAUGUUGUUGCGGCGUGGUCGGUGCAUGGAAAGAACAUUUCCUUAUGUCAGCCUUAUGUGCAGUAACUUGGGCAGGAUUAUGGGCACUCACACAUUUUAAUGGCAUUUUUGGUGGCUAUUAUUAUAGAAAUCAUGCUGAUCAAGUGGAAAUUGGUAUGACAAUCGCUAGCUGCGUCUAUGCUGCCGUAUUAUAUUCCAAUGGAAAACGGGAUAUGGGUUUACCCACUUUCUGAACAACUAAUCGAAAAUAUCGACUCAUUGCUUUCCAUAUCGAUUGAUUGUUGUGAAAUAAAUUGAUUUGUUCAUUUUGAAAAGAGAUAUUAGACAAUAAAAACAGAUUAGAUA